AUUGCGAUAACAACCAUGUCUGGCCGUGGUAAGGGCGGGAAGGGCUUAGGAAAAGGAGGCGCUAAGCGCCACCGAAAGGUGUUGCGUGACAACAUCCAGGGAAUCACCAAGCCUGCUAUCCGGCGUCUGGCUCGCCGCGGGGGUGUCAAGCGUAUCUCGGGUCUCAUCUAUGAGGAGACUCGUGGGGUGCUGAAGGUGUUUCUGGAGAAUGUGAUCCGGGACGCUGUCACUUACACCGAGCACGCAAAGCGCAAGACGGUCACUGCCAUGGACGUGGUCUACGCGCUCAAGCGCCAGGGCCGCACCCUCUACGGCUUCGGCGGUUGAGAACAGAGGAUGUGCCGUAACUGCAGGACUGAAAACCAAAAGGCUCUUUUCAGGGCCGCCCACGAAGUCACCCAAAGAGCUGUUGAGCGGAAAUGUUAAAGUUUAG